GUCUGUCCAGUGCCGUCCUGUGACGCAGCCUUGCAGACCAGGCGCAGAGCCUGCCAGGGGGAGGUGCCUGGCUGCCCCCAGGCCUGGGGAGGAGGCUCUGCUGUGCCCAGGUGCCUGUCACCCUGCCACCGUGUGUGGGUCUGUGGGUGCUAGAGAGCCAGGCCCUGAACCCUGCUCCCCGCGAGGUGUUCCCAGGCCGCCUGCUGUCCUCUGAGGACCAUGAAACGAGGCCGCCUGCCCAGCAGCAGUGAGGACUCAGACGACAAUGCCAGCUUGUCCACCACCUGGUCCCAGAACUCACGGUCCCAGCACCCAGCAGGCUCCUGCGCCAGGCACGAGGACGACCACCAGGAUGACCGCAGGCCUUCUGAGGUGUUCCGGACGGACCUGAUCACGGCCAUGAAGCUGCAUGACUCCUUCCAGCUGAGCCCUGACGAGUACUACGUGCUGGCCGACCCCUGGCGCCAAGAGUGGGAGAAGGGCGUGCAGGUGCCCGUCAGCCCCGGCACCCUCCCCCAGCCCGUGGCCAGGGUCGUGUCUGAGGAGAAGCCGCUGGUGCUCCUCAGGCCCCAGUCCACGGGCUCGGACCCCGCGCUGGGCUACGUGGACCUUCGGGCCCUGGCGGACGGCGUCUGUCGCUACGACCUUAAUGACACAGAUGCCGCGUGGCUGGAGCUGACCAACGAGGAGUUCAGGGAGAUGGGGAUGCCCGCCUUGGACGAGCAUACCAUGGAGCGGGUGCUGGAGGAGUUCGAGCAGCGCUGCUACGACAACAUGAACCGCGCCAUCGAGACGGAGGAGGGACUGGGCAUCGAGUACGACGAGGACGUGGUCUGUGACGUCUGCCAGUCGCCCGAGGGCGAGGACGGCAACGAGAUGGUCUUCUGCGACAAGUGCAACAUCUGCGUCCACCAGGCCUGCUACGGGAUCCUCAAGGUGCCAGAAGGCAGCUGGCUGUGCCGCACCUGUGCCCUGGGGGUGCAGCCCCGCUGUCUGCUGUGUCCCAAGAAAGGGGGCGCCAUGAAGCCCACCCGCAGCGGAACCAAGUGGGUGCAUGUCAGCUGCGCUCUCUGGAUCCCCGAGGUGAGCAUCGGGAGCCCUGAGAAGAUGGAGCCUAUCACCAAGGUGUCCCACAUCCCCAGCAGCCGCUGGGCGCUUCUCUGCAGCCUCUGUAACGACAAGUUUGGGGCCUCCAUCCAGUGCUCGGUCAAGAACUGCCGCACGGCCUUCCACGUGACCUGCGCCUUCGACCGGGGCCUGGAGAUGAAGACCAUCCUGGCGGACAACGACGAGGUCAAGUUCAAGUCCUACUGCCCGAAGCACAGCUCCCCCCGCCAGCGCGGGGAGGAGGACGCGGCGGCGCCCGAGAGCGGGGCGCCCCCCGGGGAGGGACCCCCGCGCGGCAGCCAGCGGAAGCAGAAGCUGCAGCAGCUGGAGGACGAGUUCUACUCGUUCGUGGACCUGCUGGACGUGGCGCGGGCCCUGCGCCUGCCGGCCGAGGUGGUGGACUUCCUGUUCCAGUACUGGAAGCUGAAGCGCAAGGGCAACUUCAACCAGCCGCUGCUGGCGCCGCGCCGCGACGAGGACGACCUGGCCUCGCGGGAGCAGGACGCGCUGUUCCGCCGCCUGCAGCUCUUCACGCACCUGCGCCAGGACCUGGAGCGGGUGCGGAACCUCACUUAUAUGGUGACACGCAGGGAGAAGAUCAAGCGCUCGGUGUGCAAAGUCCAGGAGCAGAUCUUCAGCCUUUACACUAAGCUCUUGGAGCAGGACCGAGUCCCAGGCGUGGCCGCCCCGUCCCUGGAAAGCUCGCUCCUGUUCAACAGCCCUGCGGGCCCCGGCGCCCCCCAGAUCGAGGACCUCAAGUGGUACUCAGCCUUCUUCCGCAAGCAGCUGGGCACCUCGCUGGUGCGCUCGCUGGGGAAGGGCCCUCGGGGGGGCCCCGGGCUCCCCAACAGCCUGCUGAGUCUGGAGAAGACCCUGGCGGAGGCCCGGCUCCUGUUGGCGCCCCACAACAGGCUGGACCCCGGGGCCCGUCGCCACUCCCGGCCUCAUGGCGAGCUGGCCAGGCCCGACGCCAGGCCCUUCCGCCGGCCCCCUGGCUGCCCGGCCCUGCUGCAACGGCCCCUGGACCACCGCCGCGCCCCCCCGGGUCCCCCGGGCGCCCCCGGCCCCCGGCCCAACGGCGCCCUGCCCCGAGCGCCCCCGGCCACCCCCCAAGUGCCUCCCGUCCCCGCCAGCCCCGCCGGCAACUGGGGCGGCUUCCGGAUUCCAAAGAAGGGGGAGCAGCGGCCCCAGACGCGGACCCCCGCCGCCUCCCGGUUCCCGUGCCUGGGCUCCCCCCAGGCGGACGGCGAGGACGGCGGCUAUGCCCCCGACGACGAGGAGGAGAGCGAGGCCGCGGGCGCCUGCCCACCUGCGGGGGGCUCCCUGGGCCGCGGCACCCAGCACCUGCACAGGGGCAUCCUGGCCUCCUGAACCCUGUCCUCGCCGCACCCGCCUGACGUCGGCUGCCAAGUGCCGGGGGCCAGGCUUCUCCCACAAGCACACGAUCCCGCUGUUGGGCCGGGAUGGAGCCCCGACUGGGUGCUCAGUGUCUGCACAGCCCUGGAGAGGAGGGUUCUGGGAAGCCUGGAAGCCUGCUGGGAGGGGAGGGCAAAGUGGGGGAGGGGAGGGGGGGCCGGCCGGGCCUGCGGAGUCAGGGUGGGUGGGCGUCCUCUGGGCCCUGUGCCCCCUGCCCACUGCUCCUGGGCCGCCCCUCCCGCUGCCCGGCGCCUAGCGUGCCGUCGGCCAUCUGGCUCAGGUGACAAAUCCGGUGGCCAGAAGGUCAUGGGGCUGCCCACUAGUGUGUGUAGCAGGGGCUCUGGGCUUCCGACCGGAAUGGGUCCCUUUGGAUAAAGGGCAGCAACACAGGUUCUGUUUUACAAAGUAACAAAAGGCAAUAAGUCACGGAGAGCCCUCACCGACACGGUGGCACGGGAGACUGCCACGCGGCCGGCUUGCCCGGAGCCAGGGCUCUGGGCUCGGCGACGCCGCGACUUCCUCCUUGCAAAUGGCAAUAAGCGGUGAGCGACCAGCAAUAAGCAGGCAGCCUCCCCGUCCGUCCGUCCGUCAGGUGUCCUCCCGUGCUCUGCGGCAGGUGUGAGGGCGGCCAUGGCCUCUGGCUCCUGCCUGAGUCCCCUGGGCCCCGGGGCGUGGUGGGCCCAACUGGGAAGCCGUGGGAGGUGGCCCGGGGUGCCCCGUGUCCCCCUGUGCUUGGUGUCGGGCUUCUCUGCGGCCGUGACCCCCUCAGCUCGUGGGUCUCCCAGGUGCCCGGGGGCCCCACGUCCUGUGCGGGUCUUGGCAGAUGCUGGGGCGGCCGGGCUCGGACGCAGCCCAGUGCCCUGUGUGUGGAUGGCGUUUGCAAACCCAGUUCUGACUUUCUGGAAACAGUUGUAGCUUAGUUUGGGGGAGCCGAGAGAGUGACCCAGGUUCCGGUGACUUGUUUCGAGUCCCGGGCUCUUUGGGAAAGACUGUGUGCCUGCCACGCCGUUGCUUCAGGCGAGCUUCUCGGGCACCCGGUUGGUUGUGUGCUCGCCCGCACGUAGCAGGAUUUCAGCACCAGGUUUCUCCCCCCCUUUUCUUUCUUUCUUUCUUUCUGGAUACGAGCAAAAACCUUUUGCUGGGUACAGUGAACUCUGUCUGCAGCUGCUCAGGACUCCAGAACAGCUCUGGGUGGUUAGUGUCGAGGGAUGAUCUAUCUGAAGCCAUAGAAAGGAAAUCUGAACUGGUUCUCGUAAGUGUACGUGACCUCUUGCCAUUUUAAGAGGUGCCGGAUUCGUUUGCACUAUUAGGAAUAUGCUAGUUUUGUGCAAAAUAAUAAAUAAAAUAAUGCCUUACCUGUCUUCCCCCACAUUUAGGUUGAAAAGCUUUCAAAUGUUCCACGUCGAUGCUGAACCAAAAAAAAAAAAAAAAAGACAAAACAUGAUAGUAAUAGACCCCACAGAAACUGGAACACACUGAUAAAAGCCCCGGUUUAUUAUUCUCGCUCGGAAUGCGCACGGUGGAGAGGGUGAGAGUCCUGUGAGCUGGUCCCCCAUCCUUGUCCUCCAGGUCCCCCCAGCCCCCACUGCCACCUGCCUCGUCAGUGCAGAACCACUGGCUCUUUCAGCUUUAUCUUUCCGUGUGCAUCCUGGCCAGGGCACAGCGCUGAUCAUGACCAGUGUGUCAUGUCCAAGUGCAGGCUAGUCAAAGUUCUGGAAUGUUGUCAGGCUGUGAGACACAAAGUCUGAGCAAAGGUUCUCCGUGCCGUGUACAAAUCCAGCGGUCCGCGGAGGGCUGGAUGCCCUUGCCCCUCUAGCCCCGUACAGAGGAUUUUCACUACGUGCCUAGGGUCCGUUCGGCUCAAAUGGAAGAAAAUAAAGGUGUAUGAAGAGUUGAGCAAAGUCUAUGUAGAGAUGACUAUUUUAUAUCACACGGCCUGGUCCCGUAUUUAUUUCUACCCCUUUUGGAGAGUAUUUAUGCAAACUAGUCAGGGACAGCGGUAUUUUUGGUUGAACUCUUUAGUAGAAGUUGUGCCUUUUGUCUGUCUGUGAAUAAACGCUGUACAUUUUGCGAUA